AGUUGUUUGCUGAUCGUUCUAGGUUGAGCACAAGCUACUUAAAAUGGGCAAAAAAGUAACUCGGAUCUGUUUCCUGCUGUUUAUUUUUGGCUUAUCAUCUGUUGCUUCAGAUGAGAUAUUGAAAUGUAGAAAAGAAAUAAAGAACGCCCAUAGGCGUCCUGUUGUAACUUGUUAUGUCGAUGUGGCAGUUCGUGAAAAGGGAGAAAUACUUUCUGAACCAAUUGAUACUGAAAUAUCAACUUUGACUUUUACAAAUAAUAAUACAAAAUAUUUGCCUGAUAACGUUGCAGCAACUCUUCCAAACCUUCAGACGAUCUUUGCAUAUAAAUGUUCAAUAAAGGAGAUUCAGAAAACUAAUUUUGUCGGGCUUUCAAAACUGAAGAAAUUAUGUUUAUUUGAUAACCAACUUGAAAGUGUGGAAGGCAACAUCUUUUCAGAUUUGAUAUCAUUGAAAAAUUUAGAACUGCAAAACAACGCGAUAAAUCAUAUUGAUAGGAAUGCCUUCCUCGGACUAAGCAAUUUGAAAACAGUGUAUUUAAGAAACAACAAAUUGGAAAAAUUAGACCAUGAAAUGUUUACAUCUUUGUCAUCGUUGGAAUAUCUUAAUUUGGAUAAAAACGUGAUAAAUCAUAUUGAUAGAAAUGCAUUUCACGGACAAGGCGAGUUAGAAAUAUUGUAUUUAAGUGGCAAUAAAUUGGAUAAAUUGUACAAUGAGAUGUUUACAUCUUUACCAUCGUUGGAAUCACUUUAUUUGGGUAAAAACGUGAUAAAUCAUAUUGAUGGGAAUGCUUUUCACGGACUAGGCAAUUUAGAAGAGUUGAUAUUAGAAAACAACAAAUUGAAUAAAAUAGACCAUGAAAUGUUUGCAUCUCUAUCAUCGUUAAAAUAUCUUAAUUUGGAAAACAACGCGAUAGAUCAUAUUGAUAAAAAUGCAUUUCACGGAUUAGGCAAGUUAGAAACAUUAUAUUUAAAAAACAACAAAUUGAAUAAAUUGGACCAUGAAAUGUUUGCAUCUUUGUCAUCGUUAAAGUAUCUUCAUUUGGACGAUAACAAAUUGGAAAGCUUAGAUUUUGGUCUACUUAAGCCUUUGUCAUCAGUGGAGGGAUUCCAUUUAGCAAAUAAUUCGCUCACACAUAUUGACGAAGAAAUUUUCAAAAAAUUCAAAAUGUUCUUUCCCAAACUUCGAGUGAUCGAUUUAUCAUCAAAUCCUUGCAUCAACAUGAAGACUUCAACACUUUACUACGGUGAAAAAAAUGAGACUGAAAUAGAGCAAAUGAUUCCAACUGUAAGCGCCAAUUGUCAAAGGAAACUGGAAACGAAGGAUGAUCAUUUGAACCAAUAACUUUUCAAGUUCAAACAACAAAUCGUGCAACAAUUUUCCGGCUUCAAAGAGGAAAUAAAACAACAAGUUUCCAAUUCGAUAAGAAACUUGCAUUAAUGCAAUUUAUAUCUUUAAUUAUUGUUUAUUGACAGUUUCAUAUUAUUUUGGAAUACAUAAAGAAUCCAAAAAGAAAUAAGAAAUUAAGAUUUAUUAAAGUGGAUGGCAAUCGUAAUCUGCAGGUUCUUCUUAAAUUAAGUACUGCUUGAAAUUGUAUUUAAAUGAAGUUGUUAUGCAUCAUGAUGCGAACGAUUCUCGAAUCUCGAUGUCAUGCUCAC